GUCCUGGAAACUGCACAGUGGUUGGAAUAAUAUAUUGGCUAGUUGGAGUCUUUAGGUGAUUUCAUAUGCUCAUAUAUCGAGGGAAGCUUUGGGGUUCACUUGAAAUCUUGCUAGCUAAACUUGAAAAACGAGUCGACGGGUAAUAAUAUUGUCACCUAAAGUAAUCUAGAACCAUCCAUUUAUCAGCUUCUGCACUCAUACGCUUAGCUUUGUAGAGAGUGCAAGCUCGUGGGGACGAUCUCUGUUUGGGGAAUAUUAUUCUCCAUGUUCCUCAACUUUUACACCCAUCCUUCACUGUGGUUCGAUGCAGGUUUGUUGAAAUGUUCUAAAUGGUAGUUUAUGAUAUUUGCUUGAUCAAGACCAUCCAAAUGUAUAUUCCUUUGUUUUGAUCUUGGUGCGUUAGAUCAACAAAACAUUGACCAGCACAUUUCAACCCUCAUCACUGCUUGAUCGCUAAAUUCCGUGCUAUUGUGCUUUUAUCCCAAAACUAUUCAAAUUGUAUCCUGCUGUUAAAAGCAAAACAAAAGAAGAUUUGGCCAAUUAUGGCUUGUCACCUAACAGAAUGAAAAAUAAUAAACAAUCACCGCAAAAGGAGAAUAUGAAAAAGCAGUUUAGAGGAGGAAGAAGCCAAGGGAAAGAAAGCAUGCGACACAUUUUAUUUAAUCCAAAAAGAAGAUAGGGAACAAGAUUUUGGAUUCUGUGUAAAUAAAUUCCCAUAUUCUAUUCAUUUCAUCAACACCCUCUUCAGUUAUCUCUUCUCCUUCAAAGAAAUGGCAAGACUGGGCAUUUUGGCACUAGUUUUCUCCUUUGCCCUUUACAUGGCAGGCAUAGCUGCAUCUGCUUCUACCAGAAAUUCAAGCCCAACAGACUACAUCGUGGCAUCCUGCAAAGCCACAAGGUAUCCUGCGUUAUGUGUCCAAUGCCUUUCAGGUUAUGCUAGAGCAAUUCAACAAAAUGAGCAACACCUCGCUCAAACUGCCUUAUCAGUCAGCCUUUCCAGGGCUCAGUCAGCCGCAGCUUUUGUUGCCAAGAUGACUCAAGUAAGGGGCAUCAAGCCUAGAGAGCGUCAAGCUGUGAAAGACUGCGUAGAAAACAUGGGUGAUAGUGUAGACAGACUUAGCCAGUCAGUCAAGGAACUCAGCCAUAUGGGACGAGCUGUUGGUCAGGACUUCAUGUGGCACAUGAGCAACGUGCAGACAUGGGUCAGUGCUGCACUAACAGAUGAAAAUACUUGCCUUGAUGGCUUCGCAGGCCACGUCAUGGAUGGAAACAUCAAGGUUGCAAUAAGGCGCAGGGUCGUCAAUGUUGCUCAAGUUACUAGCAAUGCGCUUGCAUUAGUAAAUCGCUUUGCAGCAAGACACCGAGCUGCUGCACCUAAUGAAAAGCCUUAGAUUGAACCUGGAGAAUAUCUGGUUUAUGUAUAAAAGCGUUAUUGGUGUCUUUAAGUAAGUCUGUGACAGUUUGGAGUUCGUCUAAAAGGGUCUCGGCCUGCUUGGAUUGCAUGUAACGUAACAAUAUCAUAUAACGAGUCCAAAUCUAUGCUAAAAAAAAGAAAACUCCUCGCCUUGUAUGAUAGUAAAGUUCUAUAUUCUGUAUAAUAGAAUUUAGCGUAAAUGAACCCUUUCUUUUCCAUCAAAAAAUAUUGUAACCUUCCAUAAAUCUGUCCCUACCCAUAUGAGAUUUCGUUAAUUUGAAAGAGUUAAGUCUUGAAAAAAAAAAAAAAGUUAAGUAAAGGAAAGCAAAGUUGUACUAGAAGGUCCAAAGCUGGAACGGAUUCAGCCCAGCUAGCAAAUAGCAAAGCGAUAAAGCCAACCCCACAGGACAAAACAGAGAAAAAAAAAACAGUAAAGUCCUCUCCAGGAAAGAAACAAAACAGAGGCAUCAACAGACCGGGACGAGACCCCAGUACAGGUUAG